GAGGUUAUAUAGCACGCUCCCGAUCGCGAGACGUCCCUCUAGCUCUCGCUCAGCCAACGUGUUUUUCUGUUAAUGUUCAAUUAAAGUUUCUCCUAAUUUUCAGUUAUAAAACUGAAAAAUAUAGACUAUAUGUUGGGUGCUUUUUAAAGUUACAUAUAUACCCACUCUAAAAUACAUUUGGUCUUGUUCAUUAAAUACUGUCAGAUACCAGUGACUUAGUAACAGAGUUUGUGUUUAGGUUCGAUGUCACUUUAAAAACAUUUUCCGUUUGUAUCGUUAAAAUCAGUUUUCCUAAAGUUGAAUUUUUUUAUAAACAUCUUAUGUUUCGCUGUUAUAAUAAAGUCAGGGAACUGAAGCAGACUUAAUGCGAUGCUAAGCUGGCUAUGCGAAAGGCCACAGCCGGAAGACCGAGUGUUUUAAUGUCAAAAUAAAUGUUAUUAAAUAGAAACUCUGCUGAUACUAAUAGUGUUGAGCGAGGGAUGGAGGGUAAAAUGCCACCUCAAUUGCUGCCGAUUUAGUUCUUGAUUGGAUUAACGAGCGUUUUAGUGAGCAUGGAACGAGCUAAACAUCAUAGAAAGUUUCGUUAGUUGGCGAAAUUUUUAACUUUGAAGUUGUUUUUCGAUUUCGAAGAUUUUAAAGAACGUUUAACAAAAUUCUUGGCUGAGCAAACAGUACUGUAGAAGGGCUGUAGAUUGGAUGAUUGGAGACGGCCCCAGAGGAGGCUGGGGGGAGAGCCGGCCCCCCAAGACCCUCCCCCGGCGCACCACACCUCACAAACCUCACAAGAAUAAAGGGAAGAUAAGCAUCAAUGUCAUCUCCGACGGCAUCACUCGACUUCCCAUCCUCGAGGGCGAGAUCUCGCAUGUGGAGAUACCCAGACCUAAAGGGGCACCCCUGGGCAUCACUAUCGUGGGGGGCGCUGACACCCCUCUGCGGUGCGUGGUGGUGCAAGAAGUCUUCCCUGACGGGCUGAUCGCACAAGACGGUCGCCUGCAGUCAGGCGAUCAGAUCAUCGAAGUUGACGGCGUGGAUAUGACGUCGGCUACGCACGCGCUCGUCUGUCAGGAGCUCAAGAAGUUCACGCAGCCCACGCUCAGGCUCGGCGUAUACAGGGAGAGGAUACAGGCGUACCGGUCUCCUCCCUCGGCGCAUCAGCCUCUGCAUUCUCUGGAGAACGAUGACUACACCAGCGUGACGCUGUGGCGGGAAGAAGGCCGUUCCCUUGGCAUACAACUGGGCGGCCACAGAACCAAGCCUGGCAUAUUCGUGUACAAAAUAAUGCCAGGGUCUGUUGCUGCUUUGGACGGAAGGCUGCACAUCCACGAUAGAAUUAUAGCCAUCAAUGGCCAUGAUGUCCGCUUCACUAGGAUAGACAUGGCGUCGAGGUUGAUAGAGCGAUGCAGAUCUUCAGUCACUCUAAGCGUCACCAGCAGUAAUCACAAUCAUAUUAAUGAUAAGCUUAGUGACAACAACAACGAUAAAACCUUAAGUAAUGACAAAACAACGCCUGCGGGUGACAGAGCAAGUUUAUGUUCGAAUACCAGCGAGUCUUUCAGUGAUCAGUCGUCCAGCGCUUCGUCUCCUAGGAUCUUCAUGCCUUCUUCCUCCGUCUCUUCCGUAUCAUCUUCUGCAAUGCCACCAGCAUCGCCGCUAUCUGACCAGUUCUCAUCCAGUUCUCCGGUCGGUGAUUCCAAUUCUUUUAAUUCUAGUCGUGCCCCAGCGCACCCUUCGCCCCCGUUAACGGCGUACCCCCAGAGCGACGUGUCAUCCUCAGCCACAACAGACACCGAUGAUUCUGACAGCCACCACCAUUUUGUUUCUGCUCCUCAGUCUAUGGAAGAUGCUGUAACGUGUCCAAGUCAUCCUGAGGAUCCAAAUAACACUUGGCAGGCUGCUCUAGAGAAUAGCGAUAGAGGGAUCUGCGAUAAUGGGCUCGACCACAGAUGGCCGCCGCUGCCGCAAAAACCCACGCUCACGCAAAAAACGGCCGUCAUUAAAAAGGCGUGCAACGAAAGUCUCGGCAUGCGGAUUGGUGGCGGAGUUUCAAGCAAUGAAGGAGACACACCUAUUUAUAUUGCGAAUAUUAAUAACAAUGGAUCUGCCGGACGCUCUAAUAAAGUGAAGAAAGGCGACGUAUUGCUGGCGGUGAACGGUCUGAGUCUACUGGGCUUAACACACAGUCAAGCGGUAGCUCAGCUCAAAGCCACGGCCUCCUUGAACUCCGUGACUUUACUCCUACUUGAAGGCCCUGAAACUUGCAGCGCCGGUAACACAGCGAAUUUCGUGCCGUCGUGGCUGUACUGGCAGAAGCUGCCUCGUCCCUUGCAGAUCUCGCGCAGUGUCGUCCUCCAAAGAUCGCCGGGAUCGUCACUGGGUUUCAGCAUCGUAGGAGGAUCAGAUCCAAACAGAGGAUCAGAACCGAUCCACGUGUUACUGGUGGUAGCAUCGUCGCCAGCGGCCGUGGACGGCAAGCUGCGCUGCGGUGACCGUAUUUUGGCCGUUGACAAUUACUCGCUGGAGAACGUCUCGCACGCGACGGCCGUAGGGCUGCUGAAGCAGGCGGGCCAGAGGGUGCACCUCGAGGUCGUCUCGUGGCUCGGCACUGAACUCUGACGAUGAAACCCUCACUCUGAUGGACGCUCCGUGGCCUAGACGCGGGCAGUUAACUGGUAUUAUGAUAACGGCUUUACUUGAAGCACUCAGCAGCAAUGCAUGCACCGUGUCAACACAGGAAUGAAUUAUGAUUAGUACCUGUGAGUGCCAAAAAAUUGUGGGAUUUCGCGCCAUUCAGACGAAGUAAAAAUUUAUUUUGAAGUUCAAAAAUCGUCGUAGAAUUUUUGCUAACAUGAAUUCUGUUCCUAAUCCAACCAUAUUGCAAUAAACGCCUACAUCAAAGCAAGGAAAACUGACUUAAUUUCUCCUUGCUUAAAAGGCCAGUAGCAGUAAGCUUGCCGAUAGAAACUCACCCGUGUCAUAAACCUUUCAUCUUAAGUCGCAUGUGUAUAAUAAUAGGAUUUCAAAUUUGUUGGUGCGCAGCAUUCCUUCCAUCGCCUUCCAUGACGGUUUAUUUGGUUAAAUAUACAUAUAAUAAAUUUUCUGUAAUGUGCGAAAUGAAUUAUUUAUUAUGUACGAUCAAAGCGAGCAUUCCUUCUCACAAUCUACGGGUUGUUACAGCAACGUACUUUCUGUACCAAUUAAUCAUUUGUAUUAAAAGUGUGCGCCAAUCACUGUUAAAUCACUGAUUCAAGAAUUGAUUGAAAUUUCAACUUUCAAAACACGUUAAGCGGGCAAUACUCCCACCAGGUGCGAAGUUCUUCUCGAUCGGCCGACCAGAAAUCGGACAAAGUAAUUUAUGGUUUGCCAAAUUCAGCAAAUCUGCAGCUGGAACUUAAUCCGUCAAGUGUCUUGAUUGGAGAGGAAAGAACUUGAGUUCUUCACUAAUUAAAUCGCUUUUCUGAGCAACGCCCUUUUCGCUAUUUGCACCGUACAACCAUGUCUCCCGGAUUGAGUUCUAAUUAUACGGCAGGCAUUUAGAACCUUUGCAAUCAUGGUCCUGAGAAUAGCGGGAUCUACGUAAAUUCCAUUGUAGAAUUACACUCCGUAGGAAGUAUUGAAAGUUUGAUACGGCAGGUUAGUUAAUAAUUUUUUCUGCACGAUUUUAUUUAAAUAGUUUUCAACAAUAUUUCGAUUUUUUUCUUCAAAUGUGUUUCGGCAAAUAUUUUAACUGCUAUAUAAUGCCAGUUAAUGCACAGAUUUAAACAAUUAACGAGGAAGAAAAUGUGCUCAUAAAUCAUGUAUAUUUAUUGUUAUUUUAUUAUCAUUAAUUCUUCUUAUUCUUUUAUUAUUACAUUUUUACAUGGUGGCCUUACGACAGCUUCCGUAAUUUGUCGUAGGAUGUAAAUCUCGUAUCAUCUUAUUCAGAAUCUCUACCAAAAUGUAAAAGUAAAAACAUCGUUCUUAUAUCCUAUGUAAUAUAAGCCUUGUAUAGUUCCUUAUAUCAAGGAUCGGUCUUUGAAAAUUACAUCUCAGCUCAUUUGAGCGCAAUUUCGCCCAAUUAUUUUAAUCGAAAAAAAUCUCUUGAAAUAUAUUGCGCGACUGCCGUUUCAAAUAUCAGAGAAACUUCGGACAAAAUACUUUAUUACCAUAUUUAUUGCUUCAGUUGUCCUUGAAGACACGCAGAACGAAAAUAGAGCUCGUCUUUGCAUAUUUUUUCUUCGUUAAAGUUGUCUUAUAAUUUUAAGCUGUGAGAGUGUUCGCGAGUACUGUAGAUAAUUGUGGCGAGAUCUAGAACAUAUUAUUAUAUAUGACUUCCAUGCAUCACGCAGAAACAAGUUGUAAAAUUAGAUAUUAGUACAUA